UUACGGCUUUUCUCCUUCUUGUAUAUUACAGACAGUUCACAGUUUUACAAAGAACCAGACAGUUCCUGCGGAGUGAGAGUAGUGAUAACAAGAGAAGACUCAAGGGAGAAGAGAAACCAAACAUGGCCUCCAAGUCCAAACCUUUCUCUUCUACCAGAUUCAACUCCAUAGUCGAAGACGAUGAUGAUUUUCAGAUCCCUCUUACCCAAACAGCCACAGCUCCCAAGCCGUCCAAGAAACUGAAGCGCUCCAAACCUUUCAGCUCCGGCAAGGAAAACAUUCCCCCCAAUUUUUUCAGCAACCAAGACUCUAUUUUGGUGCAAACCCAGGGUUUCAAAUCCACGCCUAUUGAAGAUUUCAGCUUGGAUUCCAUACCUGCAAGCUUCGACUAUGGGGGCCUCGAUGCUGAUAAUGUCGCUUGCUCUUCUGCGUGCGUUGAUGAGGUAAAAGAAAAGGAAAAGGAAAAGGGAUCGUUAAAAUCAAAAGGGGGUUAUCUUUGCAAUUCGAUAGAGUCUAAGUUAAUCAAGCCUCGAGCUGAUUGCAGUUUGGAUUCUGGCAACGGAAACUCGCCGAAUGAGGAUUUUGAGGAGCUUGAUGUGCUGCUCAAGCUCUGCGAUCAAGCAGAAGAGGGAGAGAGUGUUGGUGUCAGUGGAAUGGAGGAAGGGUAUGGAAUUGUGGAGGACGAAAAUGGGGGUUUGGUACAGUGCCCUCUAUGCGGGGUUGACAUCUCGGAG